AUGUCUGACAACUCCAACCCCGGUAAUUUUGCCAACCGACCUCAGGAAGAGGUGAAGAAUAUUGCUCGGAAGGGCGGGCAGUCUAGCCAUCAUGGCGGAUUUGCUUCGAUGGAUGCCGACAAGCAGAGGGAGAUUGCGUCGGCGGGAGGUCAAGCUUCGAGCGGAAGCUUCAAGCCCGGGGACGAGAGAGCCAAGGAGGCAGGUCGAAAGGGAGGCCAGGUUACUGAUCAGCCGGAUGAAUAG